UUGGGAUCCUUGAGAAGAGCAGAGCUGCAGGACACCUGAGAAGAAGAACAGAACAUCCGAAAGCAGCUACCUGGAAGAACAAGAAGCAUCAAGCAGCGGCAGAAUUUCUAAGGUUGCCAUAGCAACAAGCAACUGCCUGCCAGCAGCUUCCUUACCAGCAGCAACCAGUGCUGGGUUUACCAUGGCACCAGCGGCUCCACUGAGCCGGGCCCAUGCUCAGAAGGGGCCCUGGCCUACUCGGCUUGCACUGCACCCCGAGACCCUGCUCCUCCCUCCCGCCCACCACUUGGUCCUCUCGGCCGGCCUGCCGGCUGGCCGAGGGCUCCUCUCUGCCCCCUGGCCAGACCCCAGUGCACCCUGGCUCCGGGCAGUCUCUGCUUCCCACCACCUGUGCGGCCCCACCCGUCUCCCCGAAGCUGAGCCACCUGGGCCUGGUGCGGAAGCCUGGCCAGUCUCAGCCAGGUGGAGGGGACGGGAAAGUGUGGGGGACGCGGCUGGGCCCCUCCAGGCAAGGCGUCUUGACUGAUUGCGCCACUCCUGAGGGGCCGGAGCGAUUCCUGGCCCUGGGACCCGCCCUGGCUGCGCUGCCGGAUCAGCCCAGCAGACACAGUCGCCUCCCAGCAGGGCCGCCAGCUGCAGAUCCUCCAGGCACUGGGACGUCUUGCGGACUGAGGUUAUAAAGAUGGUGGCCAUGCCUCAUUAGUAGAAGAGAUCUACAGAUGAGUGUCAUCCACGUACCAGCAGCACACAGGGGUCACUGGAGCUGAAAUCACUGAUCAGCAGGUCGGGGGACUGAGCCUUCCAUCGGAUUUGGGGAGAGCCCUGUAGCGAAAGAUCGCACCAAGAUCUCUGCUGAGAUCACUGAGAACUGGGCUCGGUGGGGGAAUCUCGGAACAUGUCACUGCAGCUGGAGGUGGAGGCCGUGACUUGGUGUUUGCGAGUGAAGAAGCAUUGCCCCUUACAGGCACCCUGUGGAGAAUUGCACGUGCAGGGCAGGGUGCGCUGCACUCUCGGAGAGCGAGCGAAAGGCAGUGUCAGCUGGGAUUCAGAAGCUCCUUGUUUUCAGAGGUUUAAGUCAGGCCUUCGCUGUUACUUUGUGUUUGAAGAUUUGGGGAUAUUGUUCAUUAUUUCUCAGUCCUGGCAGCUAAUCCCCUGACGCUGAGGAUGUAGGGUUCAUGAAACCAGAAAAUGUCAGGUCUGACCAAAAGAAAAGACAAACUCAACAACACACAGAGCUCUGUCUAUUCAAAGAGGAGUUGGCAGGGCUGAGCGGUGGCAGGACAACUCCAAGCGGUACUGAGGGACGUGCCCGGAGUGGACAAAUCAUGCCAAUUGUCUGCGAGAGGGACCUAAAGCUAAACCCAAAAUGAAGAGAGAAAGGGAAGCCUUGUCCAGAGUCCCUAGUGCUCCAGGUUUCGUGCACUUAGUGUGCCUUCUUCUAAUCCACCCAGGUCUACUGGAAGGCGUCAAUAUCACCAGCCCAGUUCUCCUCAUCCAUGGCAUAGUUGGCAAACCUGCCCUGCUCUCGGUGAGGUACACCAGCACCAGCAGCGAUAAACCUGUGAUCAAAUGGCAGCUGAAGCGAGACAAGCCUACCACAGUGGUACAGUCCAUCGGCACCGAGAUCAUUGGCAACCUGCGCCCCGAUUACAAGGACCGGAUUAAAAUACUUGAGAAUGGCUCCCUGUUGAUCAGUCACCUGCAGCUGUCAGACGAGGGCACCUAUGAGGUGGAGAUCUCCAUCACAGAUGACACCUUUACCGGGGAGAAGAACAUUAACCUUACCGUGGACAUUCCAAUUUCAAAGCCUCACGUUGUCCUUGCAUCAUCCACCGUGCUGGAGCUCAGUGAGUAUUUCACCCUGAACUGCUCCCACGAGAAUGGCACAAAGCCUACCUACACCUGGCUGAAGGACGGCAAGCCCCUCAGCAACGACUCACGGCUGCUUCUCUCCCACGAUCAGAAGGUGCUCACCAUCACAAGAGUCCUCAUGUCUGAUGAUGACAUUUACAGCUGUCUGGUAGAAAACCCCAUUAGUAGCGGGAGCAGCGUCCCGAUAAAGCUGACGGUGUAUAGAAGGAGUUCCCUCUACAUAAUCCUCUCCACUGGGGGCAUUUUCCUUCUCGUCACCUUGGUGACGGUCUGUGCCUGCUGGAAACCCUCCAAAAAAGACAAACAGAAGCUGGACAAGCAAAGCUCCUCCGAAUACAUGGAUCAGAACGAAGAGCAUUUAAAGCACGAAGUUGAGAUUGUCCCCCGCAGCGGAGAACAUGAACGCAGGAAUCCGGUUGCUCUCUACAUCUUAAAGGACAAAGAUUCUCCGGAGGCGGAAGAGGAGUCCCCUCCGGAUGCCAGAACCGCAGCUGAGCAAGGACCGCCCAGCUACUCCAGCUCUCCUCCUGGCAGAUCCCCAGGUCCUCCUGUUCGAUCGGCUCGCAGAUAUCACCGCUCCCCAGCCCGAUCUCCAGCCUCCUCCAGAGUACACAAAUCCCCACCAAGGUCCCCAGGCUCUCCUGUGUGCUCCCGGAGCGCUACUCGCAUGCUGCGGACUGCUGGCGUUCACAUCAUCCGGGAGCAGGAGGAGGGCAACUCUGUCGAAAUCAAUGCCUGAGGGCAUCUAGCUCAUGUGAACAGAAAGCUCCCACUGCCUAGGAAUGUGUCUAUAGCAGGUGGCAGUGCGUUUGUUUCAGGCGUGUGUAUGUCCGCGUGUGGGCCCAGGUACUGCCUGUAGAUAAAGGUGAAUCGCAUUGCUCCGCUGGCUGGCUGAGCCCAGUUUAAAAUUUACUGUAGCCUCAGUGUUCAAGCUUCAGCGGGUUUAAAGACACUAAUUUGCUAUUUAACACUCUAGAGCAAUCCCAGGCAGCUCACUGAGCUUUGGCUUUCUGGGGUGUCAAACUAAUUCCCUCACAUUUGAGAUCUGUCCCUAUGCAGCGCUGCAUGUGUGUGUGAGCGUGAGAAUGUGUGUGUGUGUGUGUGUGUGCAGCUUAGCAUGAGUAGGCAUGUAUGAGCAGACAUGCUUCCGAGUGUGACUAGGUGUGCAUGUCUGCGUGAAUGUGCAUCUCAGUGUGACAUUACGUGAGCCUGUGGGCAAGUACAUUUGCAUGUGAGCUCGCACACACACACCCCCCUGUGGGCCGAUGUCAGCGUGGAGCGUGUCUGUGGGCACACACACGUGUGGCCGUGUCCCUGUAGCGGGGGCCUGUCUGCAUGUGCUGAUCAUUGGACGGACCUCGCAGACAUUCACAAAGCAUUGCAGUGCUGCUUUCAAGGGAGCAGAGGCCUAGGACUGUCAGGACACUGCUUGGUGAGUCGUUGCUCAUUUACAGGGCUUGGUGCGAGGCUGGAAGGCCCGUCAGAGGCAGCAUGCUGCUGAAGCUAGUCCAUGCUUGUGCCGGAGUUAGGCUCGAUGGCUGCGCUCAAUGGAGUCACCCGGGCGCUGAAUGCAGGGGGUUGGGCUGUGCCACUUUCCCCUCAAGCCAAACACAGGGUAGAUCACAUUCCAGACCUGAUUCACCAGGCCUUUGCACAGGGCUUAAUCCAGAAAAGGACACGACCCCCUCCAAGAAGCCGACACUUUGGCCGGUCAGUGAUGUCUGCGCUCCCCCUUACCUGCUUUUCUGCAUCUGAGUCUCAGCAAGCUGGAUUUAAACGUGGCCCAAAUGAGCAGGACUGCAGAGACUCCUCUGGUGUGUGAGUGUGCCCCCCAGCCGGCAGUGUUAUCGCUGCGUGUGAACACGCACCGGCCGCUGACAAGAGCCGUCCCAGAAUUAAGCAUGCUCUGUCCUUCCAUGUGACAAAAGCAAAGUAGACGGCCACUGGGUGGAGCUGACAGCCACAAAGAAGCUCACUGCGGGUCCCUGAUCAUGGGACCAGUUACAGGGGGCCCCAGCCACAGCCUACUUUAAAGCAGCCUCAGAUCAAAAUUUUCUGGCUGGCUGUGGCCCCAAGAGGGCAGCACGCUCGCCGAGAAGAGCCAGAGCAGUUUCCUUCCGGCAGUGCGUAUGCCCAGGGCUGCCCAAGGGGCCAGCUUAGGAGCUGGCUAUUCCAGUUGGGACCCCUCUCCGCACCACACCUAUGCCACGGGGACUCCUCAGCUGAGGGGAACCUGCAGUUUCCAGCCCUUUGCCCCGCCAGAGCAGCGCAGAGGGCCCAAAACAGCUGCACGAAGUCACUGCUUCAGCGAGCGCCGAUGUGAGUCCUGGCCCCACCAGGCCCCCAGCCUCAGCCUCAUCUCAUCUCUGCGCGGGGCAGCAGAGCAGGGCAGCUUUGCCAGCCCAGCAGGAGCCGCCCUGUUCCCGCCACGGCGCCGCCCCGUGGCGAAGCUGCAGGUGCAGGCUGGCGUGUGACACCCUGCUGCCUGCAGGGUCAGCUCCAGGUACUGCCACUGACUUCCUGUAGGCAGCCCCCCAGGCAGGGGGGACGGGGGACUUUCGAGGGCCCGGACUUGAACUCCAGGUCACUAGCACAGCUUGGGGUAUGUUCUUUUGCUGUGAAAUAGCUCUACGUCCCGUCACAUACAGCUGCACGGACCACACUUCCUCGCAGUCUGCUUGCUUCUAGCACGCUGGGCCCUGGGAUUUGCCUGACAAGUGUUUAGUUAGCCCGACUGCUGUCUUCCCUCCCCCCGCCAGCUCUGCCAUGUCUUUAUUUUCUGUGAACAUUGCCUGUUCUUUGCACGGACGUUCAGACGUGACACUGGUGCAUAUUCAUGUUGGACUUCUCUGGGGAGGGUGGCUUGGAGACGUGCAUCCCAACCGCCAACAAUGGGUGGUGAGAGAAGCUGCCAUCUAGCCAGGAGGGGUCAGGGUCCCACGUCCUCCUCACACCCACGAGCUUGUACUGCAUCCCUGUAAGAGCAGACACUGUGGACUAAUAAACUAAACCUACUACCCUCCA